CGAUAUAGUUGCCGAGAACACUCAAAUGGGUGUCUCUGUGCACGUUUACAGUAUGUCCGUUGAACGAAGAAACCUUCGAGGAGAACAUGGAGGACAAAAACAGGAGGGUCUGUCGGUGAAGCGCGCGCAGCAACUCGCAGUCGUGUGCCGAUCCUGGCGGUAUCACUCUUUCCUAUAGCAACUCACCAGUGCAGUGUCGUAAGUACGUGGCAGAGCAUCCCCAGCACAGUACAAAAGAUCAAUCUUGUCCUAUUCACCCUCCAGAACCAGUGACGAGCAAUCAUGUUUAUGUCCAUUGUCUCGCAUUUGUUGAGCGCUUGGUUCGCAUUCCUCUUACCGUGCUUUGGAACGUGGAAAGCCCUCUCUCAUCGUCCUCUUUCGGAGCCGGAGAUUGAACGAUGGGGAAUGUACUGGACUGUCAUUGGUGCAUUCGUGACGCUCGAGUACGUUGCUGAGUGGCUCGUGAGCUGGUUCCCAUUCUACUGGGAAGCUAAGACUCUCUUACUCCUAUUCCUUGCGCUUCCUCAAACACAGGGCUCAACCUGGGUAUACCAAACCUACCUCCACCCGUUCUUUUCCAAAAAUGAAGAGGAGAUUCAAGCCGGCAUCGUUUCCGCUCAAUCCAACGCCCUCACGUUCCUGCAGACCAGCUUCGGCAAACUUUAUGACGCCGUGAUGCGCAUCAUAACCAAGACACCUCCAGCUCAAGCUCCCCCUUCCCCAGGCGCACCCGCUCAACCUCCUGCCGCUAGUCCUUUCGCAUUCGCGAAGGGUCUUUGGGACACAUAUGGUCCUGCCGCCGUUGGAGCAGUACAACGCUACACGCAAUCAGCCCAGCCCGCUCAGGCUGCUUCUGCGCCCUCUCAAGCACCCCAGACGUCGGCCACGACCACUGGUUAUGAUGCGGCACCUGCACGCAGCCAACCUGGGACCCCAGCUCAAUCACCUCCUGCCACGGACGGCGCUCCCGCCUUCCCAGAGCCAAAACUAUACUAAAUUUUGGAUGGACAAACGGUACAAAGGAAAUGUAGAAUCUAAGUUGCAUCCGCACUCUCAAGGACUCAUAAUCUAUUUGGUACAUCCGAACAAUGCUUCCAGUAGUUUCUUCGGUACCACGUUUCAUUCUUGUGCUCUUAUAACCGUUACAUUUAUCUUGAGGGUCCAUCGAGCGAUCUCACAUUCUUGCCUGGAGAUCCAAAUAAUGGUAUAUAUCCUACGUCGCACAGGGGUAUAUCUCUCUACGCUGAAACUCGAUGCCGCUUGAAAGCAGCCUCAACAUCAGCAGCAGUAUACUCCAACGUAAGCCCAGACGAUUGGUAACACUGCCCGAUUCGCUUUGAGAAGAGUUCUGUGAUUCUCAGCAACUCUUCCUCGCAAGCCUUCCAGACCCCAACCAUAACACUGCCUGC